UCCUUCCAUUAACAACAAAAGAUGAAAUGAAGAACAAUAAGUUGAUCAAAAGAAUGCAGUUAAUUAUCAAUUGGUGAUUGAUUGUACAAUUGGCUGAAUUGAAUAGAAGAGCAAAAAACUGUUGAUGAAAAAAAAUGAGAUUCCUGUUGAUUCUUUGAUCAAGGCUUUUUUCAUCAUUUCAUGUUGAUCAUCAUUAGAGUGAAAGUUUCAAAAGAUUACUCCUCACGGCUAUUUAUCAAUGUAACGACAUUGGUCAAGAACGUGAAAUGUAAAGUAAAGACAAUCAAAGGUUUGGUAAAUUUAAUUUGUGUCCUUAAUCAGAGAGUGUCUCCAAUCAGAUUGGUUAGAGUUAACUCAUGAUCACUCACAAUUUUCAUCAACAACUCACUUCAAUUUGAUUCACAGUUUUGUUCAAAUCAAUUUCAAUUCACUUGUAAGCCCAAGUCUUCAUUUGUGUCCCAAAAUUUACUCUGUGAUUAAACUUGUGUCCUGAUCAAAAUGGCUCCUCAAAUUGAAAACAUUGAAACAUUUAUUGAAAAUGUGUCCAUCUAUUCAACUGAAGCCAUGAAGACGGUUCGAGAUGGUUUAAGGUCCUUUACAGAUUCAAAUGAAAUCGAUAAAGGUUUGUUGACUCGAUUAAUGUCUGAUGACAAUUUACUGUGUCGUUAUAUGAAGCGUCGUCGAGGUGAUCCAAGUGAAUCCAUCAAAUUCAUUGUCAAUACACUGCAGUGGAGACACGAUUUGGGUUUGGACAAUUUGGAUGAACAGACGUUUCCAAAGGAACUGUAUGAAUCUGGAGGAUUAUUCAUUUCGGGACAAGACAUUCAGGGUAACUCUGUUCUUCACAUUCGAGUUUCUCAUUUCUACAAGAUACCAGAAUUGGUUGAUUUGGUUAAAAAAUUUGUUGUCCAUCACAUGUACAAGGCUGAUGAGCUGGGCUCUCUACGGUUUCCCUCAACUGGAGGUUGGAUUCUUGUCUUUGAUUGUUCAAAUGCUUCCUUGGCUCAGGGUGACCCAGAAAUGUUGAGCUUCAUUAAUUACAGUUUGAAAAAUUACUUUCCAUCAGGACAGAAGUACAUUGUCAUAAUCAACUUGAAUUGGGUUCUUCGAGCGAUCAAAUCUCUAGCAUUCACUUGGUAUCCAGCAGCGGUUAAGAACCGAAUCAAGUUUUGUUCAAGUAAAGAGAUAACUGAUUAUAUUCCAAAGUCGGAAUUGCCUGAUUAUUUGGGUGGACCAGUUAAACAAUACCGACAAUCGCCCAAAAACUGUAUAACUUUGGAUUCACUGCGAUCAAAGGGCCAACUGAGUGGUCAAUCAUAUGAUAAAAUCAUGAGGAUUUUGGCUGCUGCUAAUUGAUUUCAUUCACUACAAAUCCUUUCAUUACAAUUAACUCUUGGGGAAUAAAAAUGAAAAUAAUAGAUGAAAAGUGUACUUUGAUUGUUGGUUGACUAAUUGUGGAAAGAUGGAAUCGAUAGGAACUAAAAAAGUCCUGAACUUAUGAUUUCAUUUGUUCACACAAUGCAAUUAAAAAUAAAGUGAUUACAACUGAUUUUGAAUGAUCAAAUGACUUUGCCCAAUAGCUGUGGUUGGUGUCAGAAUAAAUGAGAGAAAUCAAGUUUCAAUGAUGAAAUUCAUCACAUUAUUAGUGAUUAAAAUUAUUUCCAUUUUUAUUCUCAUAUUACUAACAUACAACAUUCAACCUCAAAAAUCAAG